AGAGUUAUCGCCGAUAAGCCCAGCUGACGUGUGCCCGUCAGCUAAUUUUCACAUUACUCCCACCACUUUAUUUUUCACUUUUUACUUUUCACUAUCCUCACUCGCGUCAUUCCUGACCCAGACACUCACUCUACAUGAUGGGCCCCAUAAAGACAGAGGACGGUGCGGAUACCCAGAAGAAGCGCAACCGCGUGCCCAUCUCGUGCAUCAUCUGCCGGCGGCGCAAGGUCAAGUGUGACAAGAAGAGACCCGUUUGCACGGGUUGCACCAAAAACGGCGUGGCCCAUUUGUGCCACUAUAUUGACCCUCCUUGGGCGAAACCCGUGGAUGCGGACGGGGGUACGCCCAUGCCUGAUACGGAGCCUGAGGCCUCAGACAAAGACUUAUUGAUCCAGCAGUUGUCAGAGAAGAUUUCCCGGUUGGAAGCGGCGAUGAGGACCACGAAUGUUCCGAGAGUACCGCAGAAUGCAGACGAUAUCUCCCAGAUCGUUCUCCACGAGCCACUCAAUCUCUUUGGAAACCUCAACACGUUGACCAUCCAGCAGGACAAGUUCACGAAGAUCGGCCUCACCUCGCACCACGCAUUCAUCCGCCUUGAUCCGUACCUUAAAAAACUCUACUUUAAAAUCAACAACUUCAAGCGUAUCUACAACUUCUACAAAAUGCACAAGCUGAACAUGGCCAGGAAGGAGAUUCUUCUCCAUCAGCAGACCAUGUUGAAUCCGUUUAAAAUGAAGGACGUGGACUUUGAAAAGAUCUACGAGAAGUACGACUAUUCGUACCAGGAGAACGAGAUCGAUUUUACGAAUUUUAACUUUGCGGAGGACAAAACCGUGAAGAUUGAGGACCUGGACGUGAUUAUGGACGCAAAGCUUGUCCAGCCGCUAGUCACGCUUCCAUCCUCAGGGCUCCAGGCACCAGAUUCAGGAGCAAAGUGCCCAAUUGACCGUUCAAAGUUUCAGGGCAAACCAAAAUGCCCAAUUGACCAUUCGCAGUUCCAGGGUUCAUCUGGUUUCGCCUCGCCUGGCGGUUUUGCCUCACCUGGAUUCGCCCAUCCCUCACCCGGGGACUUUGCCCCUGGCCACCUGUCGCCUGGAGGCUUCGCCGGUCCUCCUGGGACCUUUGCCCCACCCUCUCCCUUCCACCACCCCCAGUUCGCUAAAAAUAAUACCAAGACCCAGAAGUGCCCCAUCAACCAGCCGUUCCCCUACGAUGUGGUUGCCAGUCUGGGCUCUAUCAACUUGAACACCAAUAUCAACGUUGCGCCGAUCAACUUCACCAGUGGCUCCACCGCUGGAACCAUUUUCCACCCUAAGGAAGAGAGCUGUCCCUUUGGCGAACCGUUUAGCGCCCCAAAUCCCAUGAUCAGCGCCACUGACUACAACGCCAACACUGCCAGUAUAACCGGAAACAUCUAUCCGCGCGCACGGCCGCAGCGCCACCUGGCAAAGCGCCAGAAGAUCAACACGAUCCAGGAUUCCACCACCAACUUCCUGAGCCUCUCGCUUGGCGAGAUGCUCCGCCUUGUGGAGCGUAACCUCCCAGCGAAACGCGUGGUGUGGAUGUUGAUCGAGAAAUUCUUUACGGUAUACUACAUGCAGUUUCCCUUCCUUGACGAGGCGGCCUUUAAGGAAGAUAUCGCGGGGAUCAUCGGCGGUGCCGACGACUUGGACCAGGAGGUGCACGUGCUUAUCGAUACUUCUGGUCUCGCAGCGGCUACACCGCUCGCUGCUGGCCUCGCUGCUAGUUCUGCCGCGGCCCCGGGCCCGGCUUCGCCGCUAGCGCAGCACCAUGCCAUCUUGAAGCUCUGCCACUUGCUUCUCAUCUUGCGUGUCACCUGGCUCGGUCUUCCGAUCAACCUCCCAGACUUCCCCAAGAUGAACAUGUAUCUCGCCGGGAUGAACCUCCAGACUGGCGACACGGACGCUGUGUUGAUGAAGCCGGAGAACAUCGUGCCGAUGAUCUUUGUCGAUAUUGUGAAGUUCUUUGUGCUGCAAUACAUCCAGCACCAGCCGUUCUACUCGAUAAACGUGGGCUCGCUGCAAAACGGGGUUCGGGACGACACAAACGUGAAUGUGGACGUAGUUUCGUCACUAGAGUUCAUCCAGUGUGGGCUUCUCCUCAAGCACUACUUCAUGAUUUCCCCGGAAAACCAUGAUGAUGACACAUAUGAGUCGCUCAUCAUCACAGAAAAUGAGCAGCUCUUCUCGAUUUUGGUCUCCGUAGCCCAGAAGAUCGGAUUGUACCGCGACCCGCUCACGUUUAUCUCCAGGGGGGCUAACUUGGAGAAGAACACCAACGGCCUCAACUUCCGCAGGCGGCACUUGUGGCGCAAGAUCUGGUGGACGAUCUGGAAGUUGGACGUCACGCAGGCGCUCAUGUUGGGCUCGCCGUUGUUGUUGAACAAUGAGCAGUGGUACGACACGAAAUUGCCAUGUGCAGAUGAGGCCAGAGGUGAGCCCGAGGAAAGCGGUGAGGCCGUGGCAAGCGGCGAAGACUUGAUCCGCAUCUAUUUCCACAACAACGACCGGGCGCGCAUGGACGACGAUGAGCUGGGAGACACGGAGGUGUUCUACCGCAAGGAGAUGCGCGUAAUUUCGGACUUCCAGCGCGUGGUUACCGUCUUCCAGGUGCUCCGUCGCGGGUUGAACUGUUUGUAUUCGGUGCGAAAGUUCCGCCCGAGCAAAGCGACGUUGGAUGAAAUUCACGAGCGGUUGCUCGCAAUGCUUAACGGCGAGGAGAACAGCGCAACGUUCACGAUGACGCCGUUGCCGCAGUUGCUCGGAAUGAGGCUGGAGGCCAGGGGCGAGACUGCGACCGCGGCUGCGGUGGAUUCUGUCUAUGCCUGCCACGAAAAGGUUUCCCAGCUCAAGCUCCACGCCACCGUCAAACUGUUUCUCUACACGCUCAGCUACAUGAUGUUCAUCUACUACGAACUGAAGGCGACGGAGCCCGCCAAGGGAAAGGACCAGGAUCGUACCCACGUGCGUAAACAGCAGUACAACCGUUUCUUCCGUGAGUACUCCCAGAAGUGUCUCGCCUACAGCAUCGACAACUACAAGCUCUUUCUCGACUUUAUCGACCAUAAGUUUGACUGGUUUCCGUAUGACCUUGUGAGUGGGGCCGAGCUUCUUGUGUUGCGGACGUUAAUGAACGUGAGCUCGCGGUCUAUCCAAUUCAUGAUCUCGCUUAUCUUGCGCAACAAAACCAACAAAGAGAUGCUUGUGAAGACUGGUGAAUUAGCAGAGACUGGUGAUGUUGCUCACCAGUGUGCUAAACUUCCAGAUGGAGAGCUUUGUCAAACAGCAAGGAAAGAAGUGCGUUGCCCGCAGUCGGAUCAAGCUGUGUCCGGUGUUUGCGGAGGAAGAAGAUGGGGGCCAAGGUGAGAAUGGGAGUGUGAGUGGUCCUGUGAGUGGUCCUGUGAGUGGUCCUGGGAAUCCUAUUGAUGGCUUCUUUUCCCAGCAGACUUCGCCUGUGAUCCGCUCGGCAAUGGAUACCCCCUCGCCUUCCCACCCAGUGUUUGCGGCUCAUCUCGAUGUCACCAGCGCUCUGAUCAACCCAUACUUUGAGACACCACCGCCACCGUUCAGGGGCCAACACGCGCCCCACGCCCAGUCGCCUUUCAACCCGAACCAGUUCCACCCCCAGCCACAUGUU